CCGCCCUUCCGGUUGAUCGUUUCUUUGUGGUGUCGUCGCUGUCUUGCUGUUUGUCUUCUUGAUUUCGUCUCUGAAUUUGUAUUGAAUAGACGGGAGGUCAGUUGAGUGAAUAGUUUUCGAUUAUGAGGCCGGAAGGUAACGCCAGCGGGUCAUCGUCGUCGGCUCCUGGAUCGCCGAGUGUUAAACGAGGUAGAGAUCCCGAAGACGAGGUUUAUGUCGAUAAUCUUCACUCUCACAAGCGUUAUCUCAGUGAGAUUAUGGCUUCAAGUUUGAAUGGACUCACAGUUGGAGAUCACUUGUCUGAAAAUUUUAUGAAUUCUCCUGUGGACUCUGAAAGCAUCCCCUCUCUUAGGGAUGAGAUAUCCAUGCCAUAUUCACCAAUGUCAGAAGACUCAGAUGAGGCGAAAUAUUACGACAGUUCUUCUACCUAUCCGUGUUCUUCACAGCCCGAGAGUGCUCCCACGAGCCCUGUCUCUCCUUACAGAUGCCCAAAGGCCAUAAGUGGAUCGACAUCCGGACUUCCCACCACUGCACAUCCUUCACAUUGUGGUUUUUUUUCUUCUACAUCAUCACAUUCACCACAGACUCGGCAUCGUGGCUCUGAUACUGAGGGUCGAUUCCCAUCUUCUCCAAGUGACAUUUGCCAUUCAGCUGACUUAAGAAGGGCAACACUGUUGAAAUCUGUACAAUUGAGGACACAACCAGUAGGUGCUUCACAAUUCGAAUUGCUACUCAAUCCUGGAUCCGAGUGUGCAAAUAACGUAGAAGGUGAGGCACAGUCUUGUCCUUAUAUGAAACUUGGUGUCAAUGAGAAAUCCUAUCAGAUCGAUGAAUGCACAGAGCGCGGGAAUGAUCAGAAGGCUCCCACGACGUUGGAAAGGAACUUGAAAGUGAAUGAUUCUGACGGCGAAUGAUGCUUUUGUUCGUGGGGAUCCUUUGUUUCCUUGCAUUUCAGGUGAAUGUGAAUAAUUCUUGCUAACUAUACUUGUCACACACUAGCUAGAAGGUUAUGGUAAUUCUUGCAUUUUUUGGGGAUUCCCUAUUUCCCCUUGAUGUCUAAUCAUGACAUGUAUUCGAUUAGAUAGGGAUGGUUACGGCUUAUUUUCCACAAUAUAACGUAUUGUCCGACUAUAUUAUGUGAUGUUAAUGUAUUUUCUUACAUUAGAUUCUUGUAGUAUUUGUCUAUUAUGGCAACAUUUUGAAUCUUUUAUUUCCAUUCUUUCAUUCUA